AAUCUUUAGGAACUAGCUAGCCAGCCAGCAAAUCAAGAUAGAAGAUAGUGUUCUCAAUUUCAAAUAUGGCUUCUUCUUCUUCUUCUUUUUCAUCUACUACUGCUUGCGUGUAUGAUGUCUUCUUGAGUUUUAGAGGAGAGACACGAAAAUCUUUUACCGAUCAUCUCUAUGAAGAUUUGCGUCAGGCUGGAAUUAACACCUUUCGGGACGAUGAAGAAAUCCGAAAAGGUGAGAACAUCUCUGCUGAGCUAUUGAAGGCCAUUGAGGGCUCCAAGAUAUCCAUCAUCGUAUUUUCCAAAACUUAUGCCCAAUCCAGAUGGUGUCUUGAUGAACUGGUGAAGAUUCUAGACUGUAAGAAAAAUUUGCAACAGAUGAUUCUGCCUAUAUUCUACAACGUUGAUCCUUCAGAGGUUCGUAAACAAACAGGCGAAUUUGGUAAGGCAUUGACUCAACAUCGACAACAAUUUGACGAUCAAAGAGUUGAUGAGUGGAAAAUUGCACUCACUACUGUUGCUAAUUUGUCUGGAUGGGAUUUGCAAACCAUGACAAAUGGGUAUGAAUCAAAGUUCAUCAAAAAAAUUACAGAAGAGGUAUUGCGGGGAGUGAAUCGUCGUACAUACAUGAAUGUCGCAAAGUAUCCAGUUGGAAUUGAAUCUCGUGUUAGAGAUAUACUUCAUUUAUUGCAAACUCAAAGAAAUGGUGACACCAAGAUGUUUGGAAUUUUUGGUAUGGGUGGUGUUGGAAAAACAACCCUUGCUAAAGCCAUUUACAAUUUGAGUUUUCAAAAGUUUGAAGGUUGUUGCUUUAUUGCAAACAUUAGAUCACAAGUUUCCGAAGGAGAUCAUGGUUUAGUUCGUUUACAAGAGAAACUUCUUUGCAAAACACUCAACAGAAAGAAACUUGAAAUAGAUAAUGUUGAUGAAGGAAUAAUUUUGAUUAAAGAAAGACUGCGGUCAAAAACUGUUCUUAUUGUUCUUGAUGACAUAGACGAUACUAGUCAACUAGAAUCAUUAGCAGGACAACGUAAUUGGUUUGGUUUAGGGAGCACAAUUAUAAUAACAACUAGAGAUGUUCAGUUGUUGAGUAACCUGGAAGCACACGAGAAGUACAUGGUAGAAACGUUAAGCCCUGAUGAAUCCUUGCAACUCUUGAGUUGGCAUGCUUUUGGUGUUUCUAUACCAUUAGAGGAGUAUAUUGAACUAUCUGAAAAGAUAGCAAGUUAUACUGAUGGACUUCCACUAGCACUUACAAUUAUAGGUUCUUAUUUGCGUGGCAAAUCAAUGCAAGAAUGGAGUGAUGAUGCUGAGAAAUUAAGUGGGAUACCUCAUGAUGAUGUUCAAAAAAUUCUUAAAAUAAGUUAUGAUUCACUUGAUGAUGAUACUCAGAAUAUCUUUCUUGAUAUUGCUUGUUUUUUUAUUAGGCAUAACAAAAAUGACACUUCUAUGAUAUUGGAAGCUUGUGGUUUUUAUGCUAAAAGUGGAAUAAGAAUUUUGAUUGAAAGAUGCUCGUUGACAACAAAUGGAGGAGGAAAAUUUGAAACCCUUCAUAUGCAUGACUUAUUACGAGAUAUGGGAAGAGAAAUUGUUCGAAAGGAAUCUCCACGAGAGCCGGGCAAACAAAGUAGAUUGAUUGAUCCAAAAGAUGUCUUUGAUGUUCUUCACGGGAACAAGGGCACCGAAGCAAUUGAAGGGAUGAUUGUAAAUUCUGACAUGUUAAAGAAUGUGCCUUUGAAUACUCAAGUAUUCAAAAGGAUGGUAAAGUUACGAAUACUCAUAUUGAAUGAUAUGUGUCUCAGCGGAUCUUUUAAAUAUUUAUCCAAUGAGCUUAGGUUGUUUAGAUUACACAAUUGCCAUUUGAGUUGCAUACCAUCUAAUUUUCGCUGUGAGAAACUUGUUGAGUUAGACAUGGAGGGUAGCAAUAUCAAAGAAUUCCCAUGCAAUAUGCAGCAUUUUAGAUGUUUGAGGAUCUUAAAAUUUGAUCAUUGUGAACAACUUAAGAGAACACCAAACUUCAUUGGGGCACAUAAUACUCUUCAAAAAGUAUCCUUUUUGAGGUGUUCAAAUUUGGUCAAGGUACACCCAUCAAUUGGAAGUUUGGAGAGUCUUGUUGAGUUGUAUUUCAACAAUUGCAAGAAACUCAAGGUGCUUCCAAGUAGCAUUUGCAACUUAAAAUCACUUGAAGUUUUAUGUUUACAAGAAUGUGAAAAACUGGAGGAGCUUCCAAUUGACUUGGGAAAAUUAGAGCAACUAAGAGAUUUAUUUGUUGUUGGAACUGCCAUCUCACAUAUACCAUUUUCUUUGGGAUGUUUGAGAAAUCUAAAGAAUCUGAGUCUGGGGAAAAUCAAGAGUUGUGUACCAUCAAAAUCAAAAUCUCAACUUCUUGACAUUUUAUCAUCACCUCUUCUUUUGUCAAGAAGAAGUUGUGAUGGUGUUGGUUUUUUUCCACCUUCAGUUGCAAAUUUGUGCUCCUUGGAAGAUCUAUAUCUGAGUUACAUCGAUCUACAUGAAGUAGAUCUUAGGAUCAUUUUUGAGAAUUUCACCUCAUUGGUAACUUUAAAUUUAUCUGGGAGUUGUUAUCAUCAGAGCUUACCCUUUGGCAUUUGUCAUCUUUCAAACUUGAAAUUUCUAGACUUGGACAAUUUGCAAAAUCUUAGAGUACUUGUAGAAGUUCCUCCUAGUUUGGAGAAACUCUCUGCAGAAAAUUGUGUUUCAUUGGAAAAUAUAGCAGCUGUAUCAAACUUGAAGAGACUUGAAGUGUUGAGUAUUGGGAAUUGCAUAAGUUUGGUUGAGCUUCCAAAUAUGAAGAGUCUUUCAUCCUUAAAAAGACUUGACAUAAGCAAUUGCAUAAGUUUGGUUGAGCUUCCAAAUAUGGAGAGUCUUUCAUCCUUAAAAAGACUUGACAUAAGCAAUUGCAAAAGUUUGGUUGAGCUUCCGAACAUGGAGAGCCUUUCAUCCUUACAAAGACUUGACAUAAGCAAUUGCAUAAGUUUGGUUGAGCUUCCGAACAUGGAGAGUCUUUCAUCCUUAAAAGAGCUUAACAUAAGCAAUUGCAAUGCCUUGACUAUACCUGACAACUAUUUGCAUGAAGAUCUUCCAAUUGCUCUUAGGAGUUUGUCCUCCUCGUUGAAAGAAAUAGAUUUAAUGGGAAGAUAUUAUCUUCAAAGUUCACCAUUAAGCCUUUCCCAUCAUUCCAAUUUGAUGCAUCUCUGCUUGGACGAUCUGCAGAAUCUUAGAUCACUUCCACAACUUCCUUCUAAUUUGGUGGUACUCUCUGCAAAGAAUUGCGUCUCAUUAGAAAAAAUAGAAAAUUUAUCAAACUUGAAAAGACUCUAUCGGCUAGAUAUUCAGAACUGUAAAAGUUUGGUUGAGCUUUCAGGCUUGGAGAGUCUUGAAUCCUUAGGUAGUCUUGGGAUAGCAAAUUGCAUUGGUUUGAGGAUUCCUUCAAUUGAAAAGUGGUUCAAGGUAGGUAGUAAUAACUAA